AAAGAUUGCUUGUGAUAUUGGCGACCAGACACCAACUAGGAAAGUAUGUCGUGGUUUGAUUUAUUAACUUUAUUAACUGACACCACGGUUUAAUUAUUGCGAGGAAACAUUUGUAUAGUCGCCAGAGAGUGAAGAGAGUUAUGGUGAUUACGUUGAUGUGAUUAUUUUAGAGCGUAUUAGCUUUGUAGCUAACUGUAUACAGUGUUACAGUGCUACAGCAGACCGUGUUACUUGUGUUGUUUUUCCAUGUUGCAUUUACUACUACUGUAAAUUAGACUUAGACUUGAGACACUGAAAGAGGCUGAGAUGGUGGACCACAGCUUCAUGGAGAGGUUGCUGCGAGCUAAAACUUUAGUGAGGAAGACAUCAUUAGCUCUAAACCAACUGAAAUACUAAAAGAAUUAUUAAGAAAUUUGUGGAGAAAUGUCAGAGAACAGUGAGAGUGAGUCUGACAGCAACAAACCACAGCUGGCCUCUAAGACUGUUCUUGUUACUGGGGGCGCUGGAUUCAUCGGGUCACAUCUGAUCUUACUUUUGGCUGCAAGAUAUCCUCUGUGGCGAAUCAUCAAUGUUGAUUCAUUGAACUAUUGCUCAAGUUUGAAGAAUCUCAUUUAUCUUGAGAACACAAGUACUUACAAAUUUAUUCAGGGGGAUGUAUGUGACCAAUACUUUGUUGAUCAUAUCUUUUCUACUGAAAAUAUAGACAUUGUCUUUCAUUGUGCUGCUCAAUCACAUGUUGAGAAUUCCUUCCUGUAUCCAUCCCAGUUCAUGCAUGUGAAUACAGCUGGCACAGCUGUACUACUCCAAGCAGCAUGUGAAUCUGGAGUUGAAAGAUUCAUCUAUAUGAGCACUGAUGAGGUGUACGGAGACAGUCUGGACAAGUAUUUUGAUGAAUCGAGCCCAAAACGGCCAACCAAUCCAUAUUCAACAUCAAAAGCUGCUGCUGAAAACAUUGUGAUGUCGUACUGGAAAAAUCACAAGCUCCCUGUAGUAAUUGCAAGGAGCAGUAAUGUAUAUGGACCACGGCAAUAUCAUGAAAAGGUUAUUCCAAGAUUUUUAUUUCUCUUACAACAGGACCAAAAAUGUACUAUUCAGGGGACAGGCCUCCAGUCCCGUCACUUUCUCUAUGUAGAUGACGUGACUGAGGCACUCUUGAUACUCAUGAAGAGGGGCAUCAUGGGAGAGAUUUACAACAUUGCAGCAAACUUUGAAAUUGCAAUCAUACAGCUGGCUAGAGAACUGGUGAAGAUGGUGAAAAAUGCUUCUAAUGACGAGUUGGAUGAUUGGCUACUAUUUGUUGAUGACAGACCUGUCAGUGACCUGAGGUACCCCAUGAUCUCAGACAAGAUGCACAAACUUGGAUGGAAGCCAAAGGUCCCAUGGGAAGAAGGCAUCAGAAGGACAAUUAAAUGGUAUGAAGAGAACAAAAACUACUGGCCAGUGGUCACUGAAAAAGAUCCUCAAGAAUGUUAAAUGAUGGAACCUCUUAUUUCUGAAUGCAAAGACCCAUUUUCACAAAAUAGUAGCUGUUUAUGCAUUUACUGAAAACAAUGAGAACUGGAUUAAAUUUUUAUAUUUUUUGGCACAUUGUGAACUAUACAAAUUUUUAUUCAUUUUAUUAAAAUCACAUUUAAAUAUCCCUGUUUUAUGUAUACACUACAUUGCCAAAAAUAUGUGGACACCAGACCAAUCAGACUUAUACGUGCUUGUUGAACAUCCCAUUCCAUAUUUAGUCCCCACUUUGCUGUUAUAAUAAACCUCCACUCUUCUGGGAAGGAUUUCCACUAGAUUCUGGAGCAUGUCUGUGGGGAUUUGCCCAUUCUUCCACAAGUGCAUUAGAGAGGUCAGGCACUGAUGUUGGGUGAGGAGGUCUGGGGUGCAGUCGGUGUUCCAGUUCAUUCCAAAGGUGUUCAGUGGGGUUGAGAUCAAGGCUCUGUGCAGGACACUCGAGUUCUUCCAAUCCAGCCUUGGCAAGCAAUGUCUUCAUGGACCUCUGUACACAGGGGCAUUGUCAUGCUGCAACAUGUUUGGGCCCCUUAGUUCCAGUGAAGGGAAACUGUAAUGCUACAGCAUACAAAGAUAUACUAUACACUUGUGUGCUUCCAACUUUGUGGCUAAGUGUGGCACUCAUGUAACUGGUUAAAGAAUGAAAACACUUGUGGCUUUAUUAAAUAUAUACUAUGGUAGAUAUAACAUGUUCCUGAUAAUUAAAAAUUUUAAAAAUUAA